AUGUUUUUCAGGGUCAUCGCUGCAGCUUCGAAGGAAUUCUUCGCGUUGGGCACGGAACAGGGCCUAUGGAAACACUUUUACCCGAUUAUCUCAGAAUCUUUCGGCAUGAUGGAUGGCCUCGGACAGCCCGAACACGAGCAGGCCGUAUGGAACAGGGCUCGGGCAUCGAAGACAUUUCAGCGCAUGGGUGCUAGAGUCAAGUUGGGGAGGUGGUGGUCAUGGUUCAAGGCGCACGAGGAAAAGCGAGAGGAGUCGCCAGUACUUCUGAUGAUCCUUGUAUACAUCGGGUUGCGCCGUGGCUAUUGGAAUACCUUGGAGGAGAGCCCCUUGUUCUCAUCCACUUCCGACUUCAUGGCCACUGCGGACGGGGAGGUCGGGCUGGCCUUCGAGGAUUGCGCGGUCGGGGAGGACGAGGGCGAAAUGCACAAAGUUCCGAUGGCCCUCAGCAACGAGCAGCUGAAGAUCCUGCGGGCGAGGAGCAAGAACAGCAUCGUGCUUGCGUGCCGGAUCUUAGCGAACAGGUUCAAGGUCAGGCUCAUGGACGGCAUCUACUGGGUGCUCAAGCCUUGCAGGGAACACUUCGGCAAAGCGCUGGUGACCUUUAAAACGAAAAGGGGGCUGCUGGAGUACCACCAGAAUUUGGCUCAGAUGAAAUAUGUGCAGGAGUUGUCCUGCAUGUUUUCCAUGCUUUCUGAUCCUGGUUUGCUCGAGGCCUGCGAUUUCGAAAGUUGCGAGGUGUACAACCACGGAGAUGCUUUAGAACAUGAGGAAAAGUUCCUGUCCACGCGCAUCACGAUGAUGAUGUUGAGCGCUGUUGCCCACAGGCUGUGUUCGUGCAGUUACUUCCCGCACGGCGUUCCAGGCAUGUUCGUCCUGCUACUUCAUCAUGACCGUGCCAUUGUCGAUGGAACUUUGGCGAAGCUGCGGAACACGUGGGACCGGUUGCAGAAAGCAGAGACACUUUCACAUUCGAGCACGUUCUGGGACAAGUAUGUUCGCGAGCUUUAUUGGCCAUUGUCGACGUGGCCUCGCGAGGUGUUCAUUGCUCUAGAGGAGACCGACUUCAAGAAAGUCCCCGCUCUGGUCGAGCGAACCGUGCGCGAACGUUUCUCGGCCAUGUAUUCGGACAUGGUGGAGAGCGCGGUCAAGCAGAUCAGGGACCAAGAAAACAAGAACAGCAACUCGCAAUGUGGUCGCGUCGAACGUUGGCACACGUUGUUAGAAAGUUCCUUGCUGUCUGACAACGAUCGCCCAGGGCCGAAUCUCAAAUUGCCAGUUUUAGAUGAGGCCCGGGCCAAGACGUUGCCGGAGAAGACGUUCGAAGGCGACGUGCAUGACGUGUCGUUUGGCAUGGAUGCGUUAAAGGGGUUGGCGGGAUCAUCUUGGCCGAGCCCUUCACCUCUGACCUUCAAUUUGGCGCCAAUGAGGUUGGAGGCGCUGGUUGGAAUCGAGGCUCUGCCGAUGUUGGAGCGAGCAUGGAGGUCCGUAUUGGCACAGCGGGGCGACGUGCUGUUCCACGAAGAUUUCAAGCAAAGGGCGCUUGUGGUGCUGGAGUCGUCAUCUUGUGGCUUGUGGGCGUGGAGGUUCAAGCUGAAGAAGCCGAAAGGCCAGCUCAAAUAUUGCGAGCCCGUGCUCUCGCAAGGCGAUCCGCUCAGCGACCCGGUGGUUUUCCUUUCCAUCACCGAUUGGACCAAGUACAGGGUCUGCUUAUCGGAGAUGUUGCCGCCGUCCUGUCAACGAGGGGUCGGCGACAUGGAUGAGCGCCCUGGCGGGAUCUUGCGGGCCUUUAAAGGCAAGCCUCAGCCCUUGCUCGAGAUAGCGGCCCGCCGAGGUUUCCGAGGUAUGCAGGUGCCGUUCCUCAAGAAACUUCUCGCGUCCAGCCCUUUGGUGUACGAGCGAGCCAAGGACAGGCCGAACACGGAGGUGAGCCUCGUGAGGGCUUUGGUGAGCUGGGCUUGCCCAGCUAUGGAGCCCAGCGAUGUCGACGCUUGUCUUGCGAAGCGCAUGCGCAAGCGGGAUGUGGAGCCGUUGCCGUCUGCCCUGAGUGGAGACGGGGGCUUGGCAGCUGGCGCCGAGGACAUGUUGGACGCAAGCGACCUCGGCGACGUGAAGGAACAGCUCUUGCAGGAGAAAGAGAUCGAGAGGCAGGACCGCCACUCCGGCAUGGCUGCGAAAGCGGGUGGGUCGAGUAGCGGUUCCGCUGGCCAUGCUGGUGACGCCGCGGGUGGCGGGGGCGCGGAAUCAGGUUCUGCCGCUUCUGGUUCUGGUAGCGCCCCCGCUGUCGAGAAGAGGCACAUCCCUGAUACAGGGGGGUACCCCCGGGAGGAGUGCCUGAAGUAUCUCCCACCUGGCUAUACUCUGAAGAAGGAGACCAGUCGUUACAACAGAUGGCAGAUCUCAACCAAAGACAAGUCAGAACCGCCUUAUUCCUACUCGGCGACAUGGGGGGAUGGGGGCCUGGAUAGAGAGAGGGCGACUCUGAUGGAGGUUCUGAGGACGGCGUGGGAUUGGUCCGGGGCCGAAUGCCCCUGGAUCCUUGAGUAG